UCAAGUUAUUGGAGAAAGGGGGGAAGACAAAGGAAAUAGUCACAUAGUUUUUGAGGCUGAGUAUAUAAGCUGGUUUCCUAGGUAUCAUGGCAAUCAUAUUCGGAUUCAGGUAUUCCAAAGUAAACAUCCCUUCAGACAAAAUGAAAUUUCAGGUUUUCGCAUUAGCCAUUGUGCUAAUAUCAGCUGUUGUAGCAGAAGAAAAAUCAGAAGACUUAGCCGUAGAAGAAAGUGCUCCUCAUUAUGAAGUAUACCCAGUACAUGCAUCUAGUCACGGUAGCCAUGGUUAUGGAUCACAUGGACAUUUGUCCAAAGGACACGACUCUCAUGGACAUGGACAUUACUCAGACCAUGGGGAAGAUGGAAAGACUGGCUACGACAAACAUGGUUCUCAUUUGAUCUCCUCUUAUGGUGAUCAUGGAGCUCAUGGCUCUCAUGGAGGACAUCAUGACCACUAUGGCAAGCAUGGUGCCUACGUUAAAAACAGUGGACAUGGAUAUGAAAAAGCUUAUUCUUAUGAUAAACAAGUUCAUCUCCAUGAUGUUGACUCUCAUAAAUCUGGUCAUCAUGACAGUCAUGCUGAUCAUGGACACCAUGGAUAUAAAAAUGCUGGCCAUUACGAUCAGGCAGCACAUAAAGCAUACGGUUCACACGGAAAGGCUGGAUCAUACGGCUAUGGCUCUUCUGGCCACCUGAAAUCUGACCAUGGUCACCACGCUUAUGACAAACAUGACAAUGGAAAGCAUGGAUAUGCUGCCUCUUAUGGUGCUGGUCACUAUGAGCCUGCUCCAGCUGUAUACGUAGCUAAAGCACCCUUGCCAGUCUACGCACCAAAGGCUGCAGUCUAUGUGCCAAAAGCUGUUGUCGCACACGAGCCAGUCUACGUUUCUAAAGUAGCUCACGCAGCCCCAGCUUAUGCUCACAAACCUCUUGUCUCUGUCUACCAACCUAAAGUUGCCAUUCCCAUCUAUGAGCCAAAGCCAUCUGCACCAGGAUAUUACUCCUAUCAUCAUUAAAUCAGGAACACUGGCGAAAUAUAAAUUGGAUAUGAAGACAAUGAGAGCUCGACCAAAGUCUCUUUCAUCAACGAAAACGUGUACAUUGGAAUAGUGAAGACUCAUGGGGCUGAAACAGAGUAAAAAGUUGUGUGAAAGGAAACUCUUUGUGUAUAAGUUAUGACUGUAUAUUUCAUUCUCAUGUUGAUGAAAAAUAAACUUAUUUAAUUUUUUGUACAAAUUAAA